UCCCGGCGUCAGCGCCGGUGUGCCGGACUACCUCAAUGUACUGCAUGCCUCCGCCAUCACGAGGACCAUUCCCGUACCCGGAUGUACGACAAACACUGCUGGUGACGACGCAUGUCGUACAGGUCGUGAAGACGGCACGGCGGGGACUGCAGGCGGCGGAGGUGGCGCCGUGUCGCACACGCCGCCGCUGUCGUGCAGCUGGGUGGCGACUGCAGCGGCGGGGGUUGCCACGUCAGCGGAGCUCUGGUUCCGGCAGUACCAGAUGCUGGUGUGGCGGGAGUGGCUGAUGGCGACACGUAACCCGGCUGACGUGGCAGGACGCAUGCUGACCUUUGUGUGGGUUGGCCUGUUCUCCAACUUCCUAACCUACAACUUCCCGACGGAUGCCACCAACAUUGCCCUCCGCGCCAACCUGCUCUUCGCUCUGGUGUUCUUCUUCAUUGUGAUGCCCUUUGUCUUCAUGAGCCUCUUCACGGCGGACAAGCGCUUCUUUCUUCUUGAGGCCUCUGCACGCGGCGGCGGCGGCGGGCUGUACGCGCCCUCAGCCUACUACGCAGCCAAGGUCACCGCCACCGCACCAUUCAACAUCAUCAUCGCGCUCACAUUCGACCUCAUUGGGUACGGCAUGCUGGGUAUGCGGCACAGUGUGGUGGACUGUGUACGACAUGCCACCUGCUCCGCCCUCAUGGCCCUCAUCUCCAUGCAGUGGGUGCAGGCCGCCGUGGCGUUCUCCCCCAACCAGGACAUCGCCUUCAUCGCAUCAGUCGCCUUCUCGGUAGUGAACCUCCUCUUCAGUAGCAUGUUGUCUGGGAGCUGCCAAGAUCUCCUUCCCCUGGAUACGCCGCCUGCGCGCCAUCUCCGCCCUCGACCACACCUGGCGCGGGCUGCUCGAGGCGUAGUUCCGAAACCGCGCCUUCCUGUGCGGCCCGGCGGGGGUGACGGGCAUGCUGGGCACCGAUGCCCUCGGGCUCUACUCGCAGUUCCUGCCCACCAACCCCCGGUUCAGCUUGCUGAGGUACGGCAUGGCGCGACCCAUGGGCAACUGCGUGGUCAGCACCAACGCGCUGCUGUCGUACUACAAGAUCAACACCCCCGUGGGUACGACAAUCGGCUACCUCUUCCUCUACCUAGUGGUCGUACAUGCCAUCACCUACCUGGCGCUGCGCCGCGCAGCGUCACCCAAGUCCCUCAGCCGGGCGCGGUACGCGCGCCUCGGGGAUUUUGUCCGGCCCUGGCUUUGCUGUACGACACCUGAGGCUUGAUGUGGCGUCGUCGGCUGGGAGCGUACGGCAGGAAGCGCGAACGAGCGAGGUGCCCGCGUUUUCGCCCCAUGCUACGGCGGUGGCAGCGGGGCCCGAGGUAUCUACCGUGACAUAGGCAUACAGUACCAUGCAGGCUGCGUUGCUAGCAGUCCCCAAGCGUGAUUCGUGUACUGCGAAGGACGGGAGGGGCGCAGUUCAGCAGCAGGAGAAUCGAAGGAGCUGGGUUGGGUACUUGGGUUAAGUGACAGACCGGGCGUCAGGGCGUGUUGUUGCUGACACUGAUACGGAAGACCUCGGUGCCUUAAUGAUGAGCGAUGGAUGGCAACACGGUGCAAUAAGAGUGGGUAUGAGACAUGUCUAUGCACACUGAAGGUUCAACAGUGCAAGGAAUACACGCCCAGGUGUCUGUAUGUGGCAGCCGUCAGACUACUGCUGGCCAAGUGGCCUGAGUAGACGGGUAAGCGAACAAGCCAAGCAAACACAUCAGCGGAUAUCAAAGAUACUGCCAAAUUACAAGGAAAAAGCGC